CUGCCGUUUGCGACAUUAAGACUUCCAGUAUAAGCCUGCCAAACGCCUUGCUGCCAUCCCAUCAUCCGUGCGUACUCCGAUGAAGUUAACAGCUCUGAUAUUCUUGCGGCCCAUCUUAGUGCUAUGUACAAGUCAUCAAAUCAUAACCCAGAUAACAGAUAGUCCCGGUCUAUACUACGAUAGACUAUCUGACGUCAAAUUUACUAAUGAUAACUGGAAUGUUGUAACUUAUUUAAACACUAAUAACAUACAGUCUCAUCUUGAUAAAGUAGAUCAAUUAUUUGGAAAAGUAAACUCUUUCUGUAAGGACUUCGAGUCCUCCAAAAUCCAGUUCGAUUGCAUGAACGCCAUUUCGUCAUUACAAAGUCAACACGAUAAUAACAUCAAAAAGUUUGCAUCUGUAUCCUAUCUUACUAGUAGUCAACAAAAUAGAUCAAAACGUGGGCUACUCGACUUUGGUGGCUCUGUUCUUAAAACAUUCUUUGGCACUCUAGAUUCCAACGACGGUGUCAAGUUCUCUGAUGCUAUCGACCAAGUACAGUCAGACGAAAAAGCUUUAGCGCAUCUUAUGCGUGAUAAUAUACAUGUGAUAAAAUCUACAAUUUCCACAUUUAAUAAUUCAAUGUUAAAAUUCAGUGAAAACGAGAAACGUCUAAAUAAAAAUCUAGAAAUCAUAAAUUCGGCAUUCGAAUAUAUUAUAAAUUCUAACGAUAAAUUACAAAUAAAAACAAAAUUUAAUUCUUUAUUCCAGUCCUUAGAAAGUAUAAUCAUUGCAUUGUCUUUCGAUAUCGAAGACAUAAACAACGCUAUUUUAUUUAGUAAAAUGAAUAUUUUGCACCCGACUGUACUCAGCCCAUAUCAAUUAUAUGUCGAGUUGGAGAAACAUAUAAAUGACCUACCUAAGCAUUGCGAACUUCCUAUAUCAAUAUCUUUACAGAACAUUCACGAAGUUAUCGAUAUUUCUAAACUAGUAUGCUACUAUCAUAAUAAUCGUAUUAUCACUAUAAUUAAGAUACCCCUCGUGUUACCUCAAGUCUAUAACCUUUACCAUAUUGUUCCUAUGCCAGUUCCUUAUGACUUAACAAAACCAGACACUUAUGCACUUAUAGCACCAAACAAGCCAUACAUGGCAUUAACAACAGAUCGUAUGCUUUACUCACUGUUAGAUGACUUAGACAAGUGCAAAUUCGUGAGUGAAAAGUGUUAUAUUUGUGAAUUGGGUAAUGUGUAUUCGACGCUUGCGAACCCAACGUGUGAGACAGUUAUCUUAACCGAAGUUGUCAAUAAAGUUCCAAGUUCAUGUUCGGUAAAACUCUUAAGGGGUCACGUAGAUUCCUUCUUUAAACUUAAUAAAAAUAGAUGGAUAUUUGUUCAAUCUGAGCCUGGAAAAUUACAUGUAACUUGUUCUAGUAAUAGUCUCAACUAUGAUUAUGUUUUGUUAGGAACAGGAAUAAUGUCCCUGUUUAAAGACUGUAAAGCUUUCUUCAAAACUUUACAAUUUUCGUCUAGUGAAACAUUUAUUUCUAAUGUAACAACUCAAGUAGCUAAUUUCAACAUUUUGGAAGAUGAUUGUUGCGAACGUACAAAACUAAAUAAAACUUUUACUAGACUUCCCUUGUUAAAAUUAAAUAACCUUAAUAAUUUAGACUCAUUGUUACAUGCCAGUAUUCAUCUAGAUACUCUAGAAAAAGAAUUAAAUCAUUUGGAAAGUCCUUCGCACUUUCAAAAAUAUGCUGUUCAUUAUAUGUCUAUAAGUUAUUCUCUUACUGUUCUAUUUUUCUUGUACCUUAUAUUUAGAUUUCGUAGAUGGUUUUGUUCAAGUAAACAUAAUUCUCAUUGUUGUAUACAAAUCUUUAAUCAAUGCAACAAAGAUCGUAAAAACGAUCAUAAUAAUGUUACACAAACUGUGCAAAUAAAUAGUGAAAAAGAUUAUUCAUGCCCUAGGCCUUUUAGGAGAAAUCUUAUGUUGUCAAAUUCGUCCAAUAAUGUCGUCGUCGAGUAAGGUUAUAAUAAAUUAUAUUCUUUUAAAUAAAUUGUAUAAGUUUAAUUAAUAAUUAUAAUUAAGACCUUUAAUAAUUAUAGAUUUACUUACUAUAUCCUGUUUUCGUAUUUUACUUAAUAAUUACUUAAGUGUUUUUGAUAUUGUACUUAACGUUUAUUUCUUUAAGAUAUAGUUACUAUUUUAUUUUAAGUACUUACUUGUUUUAUCCUGUAUCGUAUGUUUUAGUUUUCCUAUUUUGUUAUCCAAAACAAAAGCCAAAUUCUAUACUUACCGCUCUAGUUUAUCUCAACGUCAACGUCCGUGACCAUUCAUCGGUGACGAUGAAUCUUAAGGAGGGGGAUGUUACAUAUGCCCCUCAGUAAUAACGUAAUAUAAAUAAUAAUGCCGACUAAGGCAUUCUUGAAUGCAUUGUCUCUAUAUAAAGACAAUAUAUUGCUUAAGCGCGGCAGAACAGAUUUGGCUUGAGUAGCGGAAACAUACAUCCUUUGUACUACUUCUUUAAUAAAAUAAACUCCGUGCCAGUCA